AUGCAGCCUCGAUUCGGUAGAUUUCUCCUUCGAUAUUUCAACCCCACGAACUACGCACAGUGUCAUUCGAUGGAAAUGAGCCACAGACCAUCUAAAACUGACGUAUCGAUGUCCAUCCGCAUGUCGUCCGCCUGUCUUGCUGCCACCAUCAUUGACCUCUUCGCCGAAUUCGACAUGUUUGGCAAUUUGAUUGGCCUUGACUUGAGCCCAAUAGGAUGCGUCCAAUUGGGUCAUUUUAGUGCAUUCGAACAAAGGGCCAAGUCUGAACCAGUGGGCAUUCUUCUCGUCAACAUCAGUGGACCUGGUGGAAAUUAUUGA